AUGAGCAUCUGGGAGGUGAUUUUGGCUUUCGUGGUGGUGGUGCUGAUGCUCGUGGCCCUGCUGGCCAACGUCUUGGUGCUGCUGUGCUUCCUAUACAGCGCCGACAUCCGCAAGCAGGUCCCGGGAUUGUUCAUUCUCAACCUCACCUUCUGUAACCUGUUGAUGACUGUUUCCAACAUGCCCUUGACCUUGGCUGGGAUCAUCUACAAGAGUCAGCCGGGAGGAGAUCAGAUCUGCCACAUCGUGGGCUUUCUGGAGACUUUUCUCACCACCAACUCCAUGUUGAGCAUGGCAGCUUUGAGCAUUGACAGGUGGAUCGCUGUGGUCUUCCCUCUAAGUUAUCACUCCAAAAUGAGGUACAGGGAUGCUGCUCUCAUCCUGAGCUACACGUGGUUACACUCGGUGUCGUUUCCCAUAGUGGCAGCUUCUCUCUCCUGGGUGGGUUUCCAUCACCUCUAUGCCUCCUGCACCCUGUACAACAAGAGACCGGAGGAGAGGACACAGUUUGUGAUUUUCACUGGGGUCUUUCACACCCUCAGCUUCCUCCUCUCUCUCAUAGUCCUGUGUUUCACGUAUCUCAAAGUGCUGAAGGUGGCACGGUUUCACUGUAAGCGGAUUGACGUGAUCACAAUGCAGACCCUGGUGCUGCUCGUGGACAUCCAUCCCAGCGUAAGAGAACGUUGUCUAGAAGAGCAAAGGAGACGGCGGCAGCGAGCAACCAAGAAAAUCAGUACCUUUAUUGGUACUUUUGUACUUUGUUUUGCACCUUACGUAAUUACAAGGUAA